CACUGUGGGUGGUGUUGGACGGGUGGUGCUCGGUGUGAAGGGCUCGGAGGAGGUUUACCUGUAAUACAAGUGUGAAAAGGGAGAUUUUACUGCAUUUAAACAACAAGAAUUUUCUUGAAGAAAUCGUAAAGGAUUUGGCAUAAUAUUACUUCACCGUCCUGAAGGAAUGAAGCACAUACCAAGUGAUCACCAGUAAAUGGUACCGGAGAACAUAAAAUUGUACUUUAACAAGUGAAAAGCCGUACAUAUGAUACCAGGCUCGUCAUGAAUUCAUACGACAUAUUCAGAAAACUCACAAAGGGAAUCAAAUUUAAUAACAAGAAGUUUAAAAGUGAUUUUCAGAAGUCUAGGGAUCAACAGUCAGUUCAGGAGCUGGGGAAUGAGGACAGUUGCAUAGCAGAUGACUCAAAACCCGAGUCUGAUAAAGAACUGUGCUCUGCUGAAGAACAAAACUCAAAACUAGAAGAUGGCAGUGAGAAUGAAGAAGGUGGCCUCAGUAUGCUGACUGAUGUACAGUUUGGAGGAGCUGCUUCAGACAAAAAGAAGAAGAAAAAGACCAAGAAGAGUGCCAAGCAAAAACAGCUAGAACUCCAUCAAGAACAGGUGAACCACAUGCGCAAGAAGAAUGGGAUUCACGUAUGGGGAGCUGACGUGCCUGAGCCUCUGGACUCUUUUGACAAGUUGCUGGAACGUUUUGGUGUAAAUGAAAUCAUUACAAGCAACCUUCGUAGUCAAGGAUUUGCCAGCCCAACACCCAUCCAGAUGCAGGCCUGGCCUCUCAUGCUACAGGGCCGGGAAGUACUUGGGUGUGCACCCACUGGUUCAGGUAAAACAGCAGCUUUUCUAGUUCCUCUGUUGCAUCAGUUGGGUGGCCCACAACGGAAAGGAUUUCGUGCUGUUAUUCUCUCACCUACUCGUGAACUUGCCAGGCAGACACACAGAGAGUGUGUGAGACUAGCUGAGGGGCUGGGAAUACGUGCAUUCAUCAUUAGUAAUGUUAGCAAAGCCAUGGAGAAAUUUGGCCCUCAAUCUGCUCAGAAGUUUGAUGUACUUGUAACAACACCAAACCGCCUGGUGUACCUCUUGCAGGAAGUUGAUGGUUCACCCCUCAAUUUAUCCAAUGUGGAGUGGCUAGUCAUAGAUGAGAGUGACCGUCUGUUUGAGGCAGGAGAACAUGGCUUCAGAGACCAGCUGGCAGUCGUGUACCAAGCCUGCACGGGGCCCAAUAUCAGACGAGCCCUGUUUUCUGCCACAUUUGCCCAUGAGGUUCAGGACUGGUGCAAACUGAACCUUAACAAUGUUGCCAUGGUGUCUGUGGGCAUCAGGAACACUGCAUCAGAGGAUGUGAAACAAGACCUCAAGUUCUGUGGUGAUGAAAGUGGGAAGCUUUUAGCUCUUCGAGAUAUUUUAAGAAAGGGUUAUGAGCCACCUGUUCUACUGUUUGUACAAACAAAGGAGCGAGCUAAAGAUUUGUUUAAGGAGCUGAUAUAUGAUAAUAUUAUGGUGGAUGCCAUUCAUUCUGAUCGUACACAGCUGCAGCGUGACAAUGUAGUUCGAGCAUUUAGAGAAAGAAAAAUAUGGGUUUUGAUAUGUACUGAACUCAUGGCUAGAGGUAUUGACUUCAAAGGUGUCAACCUCGUCAUCAACUUUGACUUCCCACCGUCAGCCAUUAGUUACAUCCACAGAGUAGGACGAACAGGACGAGCUCACCACCAAGGUCAUGCCAUCACAUUUUGGACAAUGGAUGACAAACCUUUCCUAAGAAGUGUUGCACAGGUGAUUCACAGUUCUGGUCAGGAGGUGCCAAGUUGGAUGUUGGAACUCAAGAAGUUGAGGAGAAAGGAAAAGAAGAAGUUAUCCACACAGCAGCCAGAUCGAGGUCAUGUCUCACAGGGAGUUCUCUAUGAGCAGCUAAACAAACGUAGACAGAAAGAAAUGGUGAAGAAAAGCAAGAAAAUGAAGUUUACAAAAAAUGCAGCAGAAGAGAAUAGGGUUGAGAGAGACAGGGCAACACAGAAAUAGCAAGUGGGUCAGAUUUAAGAGACAGGUCAGAAGCAGCAGAAAUAAUAAACAACGAGAAAGGCCUAAAGAGUAAUACAAAGCUUAUUGUAAUUUUUUAUUGCAGUCUUUCAAUAAAGAAUCCACGUAACAACAA